UUAACGCUGUUACGUCUCCACAGAUGACGUCGUGAGUAAGCGAGGGAGUGUUGGGAGAGAAGAGAAGGAAGGGAAGGAGGGAGGGGGGAUCUGCUUCGUCGUCCAAGGAAGAAACGUCUGUGUAUACUAUAUUUUUUCCGAUUCCGAAUUUCCACCCAACAAAAUUACUGCGUUUAGAUAGCAAUACAAACACGGCAUGCUGUUUUUGGUAAACAAAACAGACGCAUAUGCGACCUUGUACAGAUAGGUGAUUAUAUUGUAUGUGCACAAUUGGUUGAGCAUAAGCACAGUUGGCCAAACAUACGGCAUUUGCUUAUUUUUCUACGAGUACAAUUCGACGGAAAUUGACAUUUGAGCGGGUUUCUUAAGUAUCUGUAAGUACAAACGUUACGGUCGUUUAGUCCGCACCUAAGUAAGUACUAUUCUGUUCGGUUUAAUAUCGAAUGUAAUUGAUUCGUUUUUAUUUUAAAGUAGCUAUAGCAUUGGCUACAUUUAUAAUACUUCUCGCUUUUGACUAUGUAUGAGCGGUAACCUACAAUAAAAUUCGAGCAAUAUCAUUUUGAAGCACAAUUGUAGCUGAUAUGCACACCGAAAUAAUACGGUCAGCUGUAAUUUCAAGCUAGACACAUUUAACUACGAGACUGUUAUCUGUUUAAUUGCGAGUAAUAAUAGUUACAUUAUCGACAGCCUACAUCUAAGACUUGUAUGUGGCUUGCGUGUUGUAACUAGCAGGCUACAGUAGAUAGGCUGUAAUUUUAUGUUUAUUCAUAGUCCAGUUUUCAGCAUUUUAAUCAGUACAUUGGAAUAACAUGUAGUAUCAUAUUAUUUAGUUACUUUGGAAACAAUGCCCUAAGCGUUUGAUCAGUGCUCGUAUUUGUGUCGGAUUUAGUCAUAUUUUGUUUUCUUACACUCACGCGCGCAAAAACACAAUUACGCUUGGUCGCGUGGAUAUAACUGGCCUUUUCUGUAAGUGACCAUUUAUUCCCCGCUCAACACGGACAAGCAGCUGAACGGUGCUAUAGAGGAAUGGCGCAAUCAUUGUUUCUUUUAAUUCUCUCCAUUCUCCCCUUUCUCACUGUGGCAAUACAUAAUUCAACGACUGGAGGCUGUGCUAUAAUUCGUCCUCCAAGAGAUGGAGGGAUACGAUACAGAGGCCUGACUCAGGAGCAGAUUCGCAGUGUGCAGAUCCUGCCUGUUGACUAUGAGAUUGAGUACAUCUGUCGGGGGAACAGGGUGAUUGUGGGGCCCAAGGUCAGGAAGUGUCUUCCCAAUGGUACCUGGACAGAUAUGACACUGCGCAGCAGAUGUUUGCUGCUAUGCCCACGUGUGUGGACAUCUCUAGAGAAUGGGCAGGUGUCGGUGUGGCCCCCAGGGCCCCCAGUGGAGGGCACUAUGCUCCAAUACAGUUGCCUGACUGGAUUCGUACUAGUGGGCCGGAACUCCACACUCUGUACGAAGCUGGGGAAGUGGGACUCGCCCAAACCAGUCUGCCACUAUGACCGACAUUACUCAGGGAAGAAGAAACUGUACAUCGGCGCCUUGUUCCCGAUGAGUGGUGGCUGGCCCGGCGGACAGGCGUGCCUCCCGUCUGCCCAAAUGGCGCUGGAACUGGUGAAUAAGAGAACGGAUAUUUUACCGGAUUACGAGCUGGAGCUGAUAUACUACGAUAGUAUGUGUGAUCCAGGUGAGGCCACCAAGCUGCUGUAUGACCUGCUGUACACAGAGCCUAUUAAGAUUGUUCUGAUGCCCGGCUGCAGUUCUGUGUCCACACUGGUGGCUGAGGCAGCACGGAUGUGGAAUCUCAUAGUGCUGUCUUAUGGCUCCAGCUCUCCAGCAUUGUCCAAUCGACAGCGUUUCCCCACCUUCUUCCGCACCCACCCCUCUGCCACCCUGCACAACCCCACCCGCGUACAGCUCUUCCAAAAGUGGAAGUGGACGAAGAUUGCCACCAUUCAGCAAACGACUGAGGUGUUCACGUCGACUCUGGAUGAUCUGGAGCAGAGGGUGAAGGAGGCUGGGAUAGAGAUCAGUGUGAGGCAGAGUUUCCUCACUGACCCUGCUGUGGCUGUCAAAAACCUCAAGCGCCAGGAUGCCAGAAUCAUCGUGGGGCUUUUCUAUGAGACUGAAGCCAGAAAAGUCUUCUGCGAGGUUUUUAAAGAGAAGCUGUAUGGAAAGAAGUAUGUGUGGUUUCUGAUUGGCUGGUAUGCAGACAAUUGGUUCAAGAUUAAAGACCCGGCCAUCAACUGCACUGUGGAGAACAUGACAGAGGCUGUGGAAGGACAUGUCACCACGGAGAUCGUCAUGCUCAACCCAGAGACUGUUCGCGGGGCGUCCAACCUGACAUCUCAAGAGUUCCUGGCGCAGCUGAUGUCUCGGCUGGGGGGUAAGAACCCGGAGGAGACCGGGGGCUUCCAGGAGGCACCCCUGGCCUAUGAUGCAGUGUGGGCCCUGGCUUUGGCCCUCAAUAAGACUGUGGAGCCCCUGAAAGCAAAGGGGCGAAGGCUGGAAGACUUCAAUUACAACAACCGGGACAUUACUGCUGAGAUAUACAGGGCACUCAACACCAGCUCCUUCGAGGGAGUGUCUGGUCAUGUGGUGUUUGAUGCCCAGGGUUCGAGAAUGGCUUGGACUCUGAUAGAACAACUGCAAGGAGGCAGCUAUAAGAAGAUUGGAUACUAUGACAGCACUAAAGGAAAUCUCUCCUGGUACGGCAAUGACAAGUGGAUAGGACCUGGCCCUCCCGCAGAUCAGACCAUGGUGAUAGAGGAGUUCAGGUUCCUGUCUCAGAAGCUCUUUAUUUCUGUGUCAGUCUUCGCUGGGCUGGGAAUCCUAUUGGGGAUUGUGUGUCUCACCUUCAACAUCUACAACAGCAAUGUUAGGUACAUCCAAAACUCGCAGCCUUACCUGAACAACAUGACAGCAGUGGGUUGUAUGAUGGCGUUGGCCGCUGUGUUUCCUCUCGGGAUCGAUGGACACCAUGUUCACAGGUCCCAGUUCCCUGUGGUUUGUCAGUUUCGUCUGUGGUUGUUAGGUCUGGGCUUCAGCCUGGCUUAUGGCAGCAUGUUCACCAAGAUCUGGUGGGUUCACACUGUCUUCACCAAGAAGGAUGAAAAGAAAGAGAAGAGAAAGCAGCACCUGGAGCCCUGGAAACUCUAUGCCACUGUGGGGGUGUUACUGGCCAUAGACAUCCUGUCGCUAAUGAUCUGGCAAAUCGUGGACCCUUUACACAUCACAGUAGAGAAGUUCACAAAAGAGGCCCCGAAAGGAGACUUAGACGUUCUGAUUCAGCCACUCCUGGAGCACUGCAGCUCUGAGAAGAUGAACACAUGGCUGGGGGUGGUGUAUGGGUACAAGGGCUUGUUGCUGCUGCUUGGGAUAUUCCUAGCCUAUGAAACCAAGUCAGUCUCCACGGAGAAGAUCAACGACCACAGAGCUGUGGGAAUGGCCAUCUACAAUGUGGCGGUGCUGUGUAUGAUCACUGCACCCGUCACCAUGAUCCUCUCCUCCCAGCAGGACGCAUCCUUUGCUUUUGCCUCUCUGGCCAUCGUCUUCUCUGUCUACAUCACUCUGGUUGUGCUCUUCAUCCCAAAGAUGCGCAGGUUGAUCACUCGAGGGGAGUGGCAGUCAGAGCAGCAGGACACCAUGAAGACCGGCUCCUCCACCAACAACAAUGAUGAGGAGAAAUCACGCCAGCUGGAGCGAGAGAACAGGGAGCUUCAAAAGAUCAUACAGGAGAAAGAGGAGAGGGUGUCUGAACUGCGCACCCAACUGGCUGAAAGGCAAGCGCUGCGCUCCCGAAGACGUCCCUCCACCCAGAAUCAGAACCACAGCACCCCUCCACCUCCGACCUCCCAGAAUGACCCUAAAUCCCUCCUGCCUCCGCCAGGGUACCCCAUCCCUUCGUCUGACAACCAUUCCCUCCCUCCCUCCUUCUCCAACUCCUCCAACCUUUACCAGCCCGACAGCAAGAUCAGCCGCAAUCACUGCCACACCAGCCGGCUGCAGCUGCUCUACAAGUGAGCGGGGGGAGAGUGAGGGAGGCAGGGACGAAUGUAGGACAGGUUCAGUGCAGUGCAGGCAGUGGGAUAUAUUUGUUAAUAGGGGAGAAGUGUGCAACUAGAAAGAGUGGGAAAUUGUGUAAGAAAAAGGUUUAUCACAACAAAUGUUAAUGAAGUCUCUCUCUUUCUCUGUCUCAGUGAAUUAAAAUAUACCUUGGGCUGUUACUGUUUGUGCUUGAAGUUUAUUGUAAUUUCUCCAAAAGGUCAAUCAAUAUUAAAAAGAAAACUCAGAAAUAGUGUUUGAUGGGGUGUACCAGCCUUUUACCAGGGCUCCUUAGUGCCUUGGUUUGUUUAUAUUCAAACACUGUCUGUGUUUAGUCAAAUAAUUAUUGGCUUUUUACAGAGGAUCUCAAUUUCAUCUCAAGCAACAAAUAGAAUUUGUUUUCAAAGACUGGUAUUUACAAAAAAAGGUAUUCUUUUAUUUAUUUUUAUUUCUGUUGUCCUCAAAUUCACGUUCACCUGUUUCACAUUCUUCAUCUUUAAAUAUACACAGCACACUACUGACCAAUGGUUUGGAAGCAACACAUCCCACACUAGCGUGCACUGUUCACAGUUCACGUUUAGCCAAUGCUGUGGACUGAGUCAGUGCUUUCAGAGAUGGAAAAAGUCACAUUCUCAAAA